AUGUUCUGGGACCUGCUGGAGAUUGGUCCAUUCAAGCCGGUUCCUAAGCCGGUUCCCAAGCCUGCCUCAUAUUUCGAAAGUCUCAAAUGGACCGACAGAUUGCUCAGGCAUGACUUGGUUUCACAGUCCGGUGUGACAAUCCUGUACUGUUGCUGGGCGACACCGCCAGAAUAUCGAACUGAGAGCUAUUAUUCUCCCGAUGUAUCCGAUGCUCUCAGGGCAUGCUCCAGUAUACUGGCAUUGUUAUCCGAUCUUUGGCCAAAAGCCGAAUGUCUUCGAGGCGUUUUUGAACUGCUAGCCAGGGAAGUGCCCCUCGUUGAUCGUCCAAAUCGACCACCGACGCGAAUAUCGGAUGCCUCAGCUUCUGUCAUCAAGGAGAAGCUUUCGCAGUUGAGAUCCCUAAUUUUAAAUCGUUCAGUAAUAAGGAUGAUUACAGAAAUGGCGACAAAUGACGUUCCACGAAUACGCGGAGAUCAGACACCUCAUCAUCUUGUAUCGCGAUGGCCAACACCAGCACCAGCAGGACCUGUACGUGAGAGGUCGGCACCGAUAGGAAUGAACCCACAGCCGCUGCACUUGUGGUUCGAUUUGCCGUUUAGUGCGCAGCCUGUUUAUGGCGAAGGAGAAGUAGGAGAUAACUCGACCCUCAAACCAGAGAAGCUUUUCGCCUUCUCUGGUAUAUUUGAUCUGGGCUAG